AUGACCGGGUCAUCACAGCCCAAUUACUUCUACUUACCUUACGAGUUUCGACCUCAGAUCGAUUAUUCAGACCUUGCUUUCGCAAAAGGCGGGUCUCCGCCGUGGCAGUUCCUUCCGUCAUACCCUUCACCGCCUAUGUCCAGCCCGCCUUCCCCACAGAGGAAGGUAUCUGAUACACAGCCUCCUCCAGCUACAACAUUUUCGGAGCUUACACUCUCUGGCACUACUACCUCUACCAAUCCAUCGACUACUAGUUCUGGCUUUACCAUACCGCCGGCAUCAGCAGGUCCAGCUACAUCCUCACUACAAGGCAUAUCUCAGUCUUUCGCUGCCCCUCCGCCGACAGCACACCCAGAAGUUCCUCGCACCUACUCAACAUCUUCUAAAGAAAGUCUUGCAUUGCUUCGUCGAACCGAAUCUGCAUCAAGUGCCAGCAAUGUACCAGACACUCUCCCUACUGCUGGACCCAGGGCCGGACCAACAUCACCAAACGUAGGACGAGGAGGUCGAAGGGCCAAGACUCACGUCGCCAAUGCAUGCAACAACUGUAAACGCGCACAUCUAAGCUGUGACGUCGAGCGACCCUGUGGCAGAUGUGUCGCUACUGGCAAAGCUGAUACGUGCCGCGAUGUACCUCACAAGAAGCGUGGUCGACCACGUCUGCGAGAUGAGGGCCAGUUUAAUAUUCAACAAGGCGGAUCCGAAGCAGAAGGAAUGGAAAGUCCAGGACUGGGACCAUCAACGGGCAGACCAAUGGCUCGACCAGGACAUCGGAAAACAGCUUCCUUGCGAACGCUUGCUGCUUUUGCGGCCGAGCAGAGUCAUCAGCCUUCGAAUACUUUCAACGCCUCGGCGGCAACGCAUGGACCUGCAUAUUCUCUAGGUGGAGGUUCGUCGACACGAUUCGCGCCUCCUAGCAGACAGCCACGCUUGGCCCCCUCUCCUGAGGUACCGAUAGCUUUCCUCGACACCGACUUUGUCGUCUUGAAGGCCAAUGCAACUUUCCAACGUCUAUUCUCGUGGUUGCAAGAAAUUAGGGGAAUGCGUCUAUCAGACAUCGCAAAGCCAUUGGACGGCGAUAGCUUUCAGAAUGCCCGGAACAGGCUGAGGGAAGAAAGGGAAGUUCGAGAGCCAGCCUACCUACCGCCAAUAUUACAACCAAGACUGGAUCCAGUGGCAGGUAUCGGAACAACUGAUCAUGAUGUGGAAGAAGUCACCCGAGGGUUCGCCGAUCAUCAAUUCGCUUGGACUUUUCGCUUGGGAGGGGGAAUCGACCAGACUUUACCUGUUCGCAUGCGUCUGGCCAAGACGUCUGUCUACUUUGUUACUUUGUUCCUACCGCCACUACCACCGCAAGUUACCGAGCAGAUUCCGACUCCGCAACCACCGCCGGUGAUGUUUCCUGCUCGCAACACAGCGCCCCCACCUGCACCAUUCCAAGGAAGUCCACGUAUGAUGGAGCAACAACCUGGCAUCUCAGAACCACCAUCGACUUAUUACGCUUUCCCUACAGCUGAUCCUGUACCACAACAUUACUCGCAUCCUCGUCGGUAUUCUCUGAGUGAACAGCAAGCUGCAUAUGCCCAGAGCAUGCAAUAUCAAUCACAGCACACCUUCCAACAACAACAACCGCCCCCACACCAGCCGCAACAAAUGCUUCCUCCGCCACCGCUAUCUCAAACUUCAGAUCAACGACCAGGAACCGCAGGCUCAGGUUCCAGUAGUAUCCAACCAUCAUUCCUCCCACCUCCAAUCCACCCCCGUCAAAACAGACCCAGAUCAGAUACCAUGGACUCACUAGGCCGACACAUCCAAACACGACUACGAGCAGACAGCGGGGCCACAGUACCAGUCUUCCAAAGCUCACCUGUACAGCAAAGACAUCAUAUCGAGAGAGCGAGCAGUGAAGAAGAUGCCGAAGCCGCAGAAGGGUCGGGUAGUCCGAGGAAGAGAAGGAGGCUGGACAUCAAUGAGAUGUUGCAGCGGUGA